AUGCGAGCCAGGGACUAUGACACCUUCCUCACUGACGACCCCAUAACUGAGUUUGACAACCUACCCACCCAAACAAUAGACCAAGCAGUAAACACCAUCCACAACCACAUCCAGCUUGCAACUGAGGCCAUCUGUGAAAGAUCCACCACAAGGGCCCACCACCAAUAUAAACCGACCCAAGAAAUCAGAGGUAAAAUGAAUGAGUACCAGCGAGCCAGUCAAAGCCACUACCAAACUGUCCAGCCACCAGUGUUGUCCCUACAAACACUCAGAAGGGGAACCAUAGACCUAAUGCUAACUCAUAAGAGCCACAUAUGGGGAACCCUUGUGAGACAGGCCAACCAGUACAAAAAGGAGUCGGGAGCCUUCUGGCGUAAGAUCAGACAGCUCUUGGAAUCGGAUAACCCCAGCCUCACCUGCCUCAUACACACAUUCCUGGAUGAUGAUGACGAGGAACAACAGGAAAAAUUAGAAGACCCACAAGAACAAGCUGACCUCAUCAGUGCAGUAUGGAAAAAGACACUCACGGCUUCAAACAGCAGAGCCUUCAACAACAUUCACUUCAUCCGUGUCAACCAAUGGACAACAGAAAACGCCGCCUCCCUUUUCAGCACCCCCUUGAUAGACCUGACAACCCUCCAAGACGACCACCCACUAACAAGACCCAUAACUAUGGUAGAGAUGAGAGGAGUCAUUAAAAAAAACAUCCAAGAUAAGAGACAUCCAGAACCAUCGGGGAUCAAAGCAAAGCAGAUCAAAUUCCUACCAGGCAAUUUUCUGGAAUCCCUACUCAACCUAUUCAAUGCCAUGCUGGCUUCUGGUUACAUUCCCUUAGCUUUCAAAUCGGCCAAGAUGAUAUUCAUUCCCAAACCCAAGAAAGACCCCCAUCAGCCUGGCAACUACCAUCCAGUCUCCCUCUUAGACACAAUAGGCAAGUGCUUUGAAAAAAUCAUGUCCAACCGUCUCAACUUCUACAUGGAGUGCAACAACCUCUUCACAGAAAAACAGUUUGGCUUUCGAGCACAAAGGUCAAUCAAGCACGCAAUAAACAUCAUCUACGAUGCUGUGAGAUCAAUUCGCCAGCAAAAACAGGUAGCCCUGAUUGCCACGAGGGACGUCCACAAGGCCUUCGACAGCCUAUGGCACGAUGGUCUAGUGUACAAAUUAGCAGAAAUACCAGCCCAAAACUGGACCCUCCUCAGGCUGAGCAGAAACUUCCUAAAAAACAGACAAGUUACUCCCAGCUUCAAGGCGAAAGCUGCAGCAGUUUUCACCCCAACAGCUGGAGUCCCCAUGGGUCGUGCCUGA